AUGAAGCUACCGUACUCAAUCGCUAAGAUCCUGUCUUUGACGGCGCAGUUCACUUCAGCAGAGCUAAAGUGUCGUCCAGAAGGCCCUGUUCUCCCAAGAACAACAGCUCUCACCAAGUCUCCAAUCUUCCAAACUGCAGCCGCCAACUUGACCGAAACUCUCAACGCAGCUCUCUCUGGCUCAAUCACUUCAGAGUGGCCCACCAACAAUGUCUCAUUCUCACUUGCAGUCGUAAGCGCAGAACAAGACGACCCUGGUGUUCCGAUCUGGGAGUACCAUCAUCUGGCAGCCGCUAACACAAAGGGCACAAAGAAGCUGGACAGAGAUUCCCAGUAUUUGAUUGGGUCCAUAACCAAGGUCUUUACGGAUUAUGUGCUCCUAAAGAGCGGUAUGAAUAUUGAUGCACCGGUUACGGAGUAUCUUCCGGGACUUGAUGGCAAGUCUAAGAUUCAGUGGAGGGAUGUGACUUUGAGGAUGCUGGCUUCGUACUUGGGCGGUACACCAGCGAACUAUGGGUUCUCGGACUUUUACCUCCUCAAAGAAGUCUUCCUCGCAUACGGUCUUCCCACCAUUGAAGACGACGACUAUCCACCUUGUGGUGUUGUAGGUCUCAACAAGGCUUGCACAAGGCAAGAGAUCUUGUCGGGAAUGAGAGAGUCUUACCCGCAGACUGCUCCCAACGAGAGACCGGCAUACUCCAACAUGGCCUUUGUCAUCCUCGGCUUGGCUCUUGAGGAGUAUACUGGGAAGACCUAUGCACAGUUACUCGAAGAUACUGUUUCAGGUCCUCUCAAAAUGGAGAAUACUUUUCCUUCGCCCGGCGAUGAUUAUAGAGCGGUAAUUCCGCCUGGGGAUAGCAGCUGGGGCUCAGACUACAAAUUGAACACCCCUGCAGGGGGAUUAGUCUCCUCCCUCUCUGAUCUGUCCAAAUUCUCACAUGCCUUGCUCUCAAGAACGCUGAACAUGACUUCAACUGAGAUCAACGGCUGGCUCAAGCCCAGUGCCUUUGCAGGCAAUGCAUACACAUUGACUGGCAUGCCAUGGGAAAUACUACGUCUACCAAACCUCACACCAGAACAUCCUCAUACUGUUACUGUCUACGGUAAGAGUGGCGGUGCGCAGAACUACAGAAGUCAACUCAGCUUUAUUGAUGACUACGGAUUGGCGAUCAUCAUCUUGACAGCUGGUCCGAUGAAGGCAGCGCCUAUUCUUACUAAUGCCGUGCUUUCGACUUUUGUUGGCGCUGCGGAUGAAGCGUCGCGUGAGCAGGCAAAGAGAUAUGAGCAGAGGUACAUGAGCGAUCACGAGGAUGUUCUGAUUGAGGCAACACUGGAGCAGGACGAGGACUCGAUGAUCCUGACGUCACUACGUCGCAACGGUACUGAUAUCAUGUCUAGUCUGAACGAUAUUUGGGGUCUUACACUAGGCGACUUUCUUCCUGAAAUCGGACCCAAGAUCCGAGUGUUUCCCAGUCAACUUGGAGAGAAUGCGACAUUGGAUGGAGAGCAUGUUACGAAAGAGGUAUGGCAUUUGUGGCCUGACCUCGCCUCCGGAUUUGAAACGAAUCUUCCUGGUAAUGAAAUUGAAGACAUGAAUUGUGUCGGGUGGUCGAUUCAGGAUUGGGUUCAUUAUGGUGGUGAGCCUCUGGAUAGAGUGUUGCUGUAUGUUGGUGACAAUGGAGACGUGGGAGGGAUUGAGGUGCCGUUCUUGCAAUCGGGAAUUCUGUAUCCAGCCAAACGAAACAGAGACUAA